UCACGGUGUUGCUCCGCUCGCCGCCAUUUUGUCGGCUCGGUCUGGGAGUGGCCACCGGGCGAGGCCGAGGCUUGGGGCCCAGCGCGGGUGAAGAGCCGAGACCGAGGCCGAAGCUCUGGGCCCAGCGCUGGUGAGCACCGGGCGAGGUCGAGUGGCAGCAUUAGCGGGCGUGAGCCCGGCCGAGAGCGGCACUCAGGGGCUGAGCGCCCGGAGAUGUGAGAUGUCAGCGCCCAACACCCUCCAGAAAGCAAUUGACCUUGUAACUAAAGCCACAGAAGAAGACAAAGCUAAGAAUUAUGACGAGGCAUUGAGACUGUAUCAACAUGCAGUAGAAUACUUCUUGCAUGCCAUUAAAUAUGAGGCUCAUGGAGAAAAGGCGAAAGAGAGUAUUCGAGCGAAAUGUGUUCAGUACCUGGACAGAGCAGAGAAAUUGAAGGAGUAUUUAAAAAACAAAGACAAGCAUGGCAAAAAGCCAGUGAAAGAAUCACAGCAAAAUGACAAGGGGAGUGACAGCGACAGUGAAGGAGAAAAUCCUGAGAAGAAGAAAUUGCAGGAGCAGCUGAUGGGUGCUAUUGUGAUGGAAAAGCCCAAUGUACGAUGGAAUGAUGUGGCAGGAUUGGAAGUGGCAAAGGAGGCAUUGAAGGAAGCGGUGAUAUUACCCAUCAAGUUCCCUCACCUAUUCACUGGUAAAAGAACACCUUGGCGUGGAAUCUUGCUGUUUGGCCCUCCAGGUACAGGAAAAUCCUACCUGGCCAAAGCUGUAGCAACAGAGGCCAAUAACUCCACAUUCUUCUCUGUGUCUUCAUCUGACCUCAUGUCAAAGUGGUUAGGAGAAAGUGAGAAGCUUGUGAAGAAUCUGUUUGAGUUGGCCCGACAGCAUAAACCCUCCAUUAUAUUUAUUGAUGAGGUUGAUUCCCUUUGUGGAUCGAGGAAUGAAAAUGAGAGUGAAGCAGCCAGGCGCAUCAAAACAGAAUUUUUGGUCCAGAUGCAAGGUGUUGGGAAUAGCAGUGAUGGAAUCUUGGUUCUAGGAGCCACAAACAUCCCGUGGGUGCUGGAUUCUGCCAUUCGAAGGAGAUUUGAGAAACGGAUUUAUAUCCCAUUGCCAGAGGAGCCAGCAAGAAUCCACAUGUUUAAGAUACACCUAGGCACGACCCCACACUGCCUCACAGAGCCAGACUUCAGAGAACUGGGCAGAAAAACAGAAGGAUAUUCUGGAGCAGACAUCUGCAUUAUUGUACGCGAUGCACUAAUGCAGCCAGUGAGGAAAGUACAAUCGGCAACCCAUUUUAAAAAGAUGAAAGGUCCAUCCAGAACAAACCCAAAUGUGAUGGUGGAUGACCUUUUGACACCCUGUUCUCCUGGGGACCCAGCUGCCGUUGAGAUGACCUGGGUGGAUGUUCCCAGUGAUAAGCUGCUGGAGCCUGUGGUUUGCAUGGCUGACAUGCUCCGUUCUCUGGCAACCACUCGACCUACUGUCAAUGCUGAGGACCUUCACAAGGUGAAGAAAUUUACAGAAGAUUUUGGGCAGGAAGGCUGAAUCUUCACUUAAACUGAAUCUUCCAGUUGAUUCCUGUUGAUGAAAGCGAGCAAAAUUGUCUGCCUGAGAGUGACAACUAGCUUCAGGUGCAAUUGCCACAAGAUUUGGGGGGGGGGGGGAGGGGGAGGCUCACCAUUGCUGCCAUUUCACCAGCUGCCGUGUUUGUUUUGCUGAAAACAGUGCCGUUCAUUGGGUUCUGGCAGCAAAGUCCCCGCAUGCACUAUCAUAGUUCUGAAAUGCCCUUUGUACUGACUUUUCCCAAUUCUGUAAAGGUUCAGAAAUUUACUUUUAUUAAAUGAUUGAGAGCCUUAAAAUAAAACCAUUUCUUGCUGCUCCCUA